AUGGACAAAUAAAAAAGCGAAUUAUAUGAUACUGCCUUGUUUAAGAAAUUUCAAGAAUGUUUGGAAAGUAAAAAUGAACUUGAAAUAUAUCAAAAUACUCACACUGAUAAAUUUUAUAAAGCAAUGCCUUGUACUAUUAAACCCAGAAAAAUAAAAAACAAUCCUUUAAUGAUGGCAUAAAUGCUUUCCAAAAAAAUAGUUUAUAAGGAAUAAAAUUCGUCAAUGGAAAUCAAUUAAUAGGAAAGCAAUAGAACCAGAGGAUGUCCAAGGUUUUCAUCACCUUCUAGAAAUGACGAAAGAUAACAAUAAAUAAGAUCUUUAAUUAUUUCAAGAAGAGAAAAAUAAAGAUGCCCUAGCAUCAAAUAAGAUGUAUUUAAAGAAGCAAAUGUUUAAUUGAAUCACAAUAUUUUUGAUCAACCAAAAAAAAUAAGAACACCCAAAUAUACAAGAGCAGAACUCUAUUUUAGCUAUCAAUUAAGAGAUAGUCUGAGAACUCCAAGAAGUGGACUUACAAUUCCUUAAUAUUUGGCUGGCAAAAUUAAAUCUAUAAAGUGA